AUGCUCUUUGAUCUCAAUAUUCCUUGGACACCAACAACCUCAUUAUCAUCGCUCGAAAAAAUUUUAUCCUUUCAAUCCGAACUAGGAUAUAACACAAUCGCACUAUCCUAUACCCAAUCUGAUAAAUCAUUGCCGUCGAAGCUUACGAACCCGAUACCUAUUGAUCUUCCAUUCAAUAUUCCAUCAAAAACUGUUGUCUUGCGCAGAUGCACGCUUACCCUUUCCGAUCCAGCACACAACCAUCGUCUCUCGAGUCUCGCUUCUCUCUACGACAUUCUAGCUAUCCGUCCAACAAAUGAAAAGGCUUUUCUCGCAGCAUGUCUCCAGACCUCAGAGCAUUCCAUCAUUUCACUCGACCUUACUACCCGCUAUCCCUUUCACUUUAAGCCCAAAAUCCUAAUGACUGCUAUUAAUCGUGGAAUUAUGAUAGAAAUCUGCUACAGUCAAUGUAUCACUGCGGAUACAACAGGCCGUAGAAAUUUUAUCAGCAACCUGUUAAGUGUUACUCGCUGUACUAAGGGAAGAGGCUUAAUAAUAUCAAGUGAGGCUAGUAAUGUGAUGGCGUGUCGAGGAGUUGCAGAUAUAACUAAUUUACUUGGUGUGUGGGGUCUGAGCCGAGAGAGAGCUGUAGAAGGGUUUAGUCUCCACCCUAGAGGUGUUGUUGUCAAUGAGAAAUUAAAGCGAUCUGGGUACAGAGGAAUCAUAAAUGUCAUAGAUGGCGGCCCGAGUGACCCCUCAUCAAAAUCUAAAGAGAAAAGAGGUAUAGAAACAGAUAGAGCCGAAAGUAGCUCAUCUUUAAGCAAAAGAGCAGCAAAACGAGCAAAAAUGAGGGAGCAACAUGAAAAAUUGACAAGCAUGGGCGCAGGUGAUACAUUACUGCCUUGA